CCCAUCUGCAGCAAUCAUGAGCAGGGCCGUGCGCUUGAACUACACCCAACGGGUGGUUGCUCCCGGGCGUCCUCUGCAGACCAACGAGCUGCACAAGCGACUCAAGAAAACACACCUGGAACUCAGCCAGCUGGAGCAGGAGACAUGCGAUACUCAAUCGCUGUCGGUCUUGCGAAAAGAUCUUCUGUCUCAUUCCCUGCUUGCCCACAAGGAUAAGGGCGUUCGCAUCUAUACAGCGUGCUGUCUCGCCGAUAUCCUGAGACUGUUUGCUCCGGACGCACCAUACACCGAGAACGAACUGCGGGAAAUCUUUGAAUUUUUUGAGAAGCAGCUCUACCACCUGUCAGACCCAGAGGACCCGUACUUUUCGUCGUACUACUUCCUCUUGGAGAGCUUGGCGACGGUGCGAAGUAUCAUCUUGGCUGCUGAUCUUGGCGACGAGCUGCUGACUUCGUACUUCAAGCUGUGCUUCGAUAUUGUUCGCAACGACACCCAGAAGAAUGUCCAUUCUUCGAUGCUGGAGAUUCUGCAGGCGCUUGUCGAGGAGGCAGCAGCCCUUCCAAACGAAUGCACCGAGAUCCUCAUGGACCAAUUUCAGCUUGAUAGCCAUGGGGCACCCAAGGAAUCCCGUCAGCUUGCCAUCGACCUGUGCAACAGCACCGCUGACUUUCUCCAGAAAUAUGUGUCUCAGUAUUUCGGAGAGAUUAUCCUGGCUGGAAACGGCUCGUCUGAGGAAGAGGCAGAUACUGAGCAGCGCUCACUCGAAGAAGCACAUAAUAUGAUAAUCGAGAUCAAUCGAAUCGCACCGUCGAUCCUGCUAAAUGUUAUUCCGCAGCUCGAGGAAGAGCUUCGGGUCGAGGCAAUUGAAACGCGGACACUGGCAACCCACACGCUUGGAAAGAUGUUUUCGGAAGAAACCUCGAAGCUAGCGGCAAAGUACCCCCAGGUAUUCAAGUCGUGGCUAGACAGACGAAAGGACAAGAUCUUCAGCAUCCGAGUAGCCGUGCUUGAAUAUUUUGCGCCCCUCCUCCGCCGCCACCAGGAAGUGUCGUUGGUUGUGUCCAAAUCCUUGAUGAGCAAGUUUGCCGAUCCUGAUGAACGCGUGCGUCAGGCGGCGAUCCGGGUUGUCGGUCUGUUGGAUGCUGAAAGUGCCACAAACGCCCCAAUCGACUUGAUCAAAUCGGCCGGAUCCCGAUGUCUCGAUAAAAAGCCCUCGACUCGUGCCGCAGCCAUCAAAGCCCUGGGCCAUCUCUACAAGCUCAUGUACCCGCAGAUGGCGUCUAAGGGGGACGAGACUGAUGCCCGUGAAAAGUACGGCUGGAUUCCGGGUCAUCUGAUGGAGAUCCUCUAUCUUGACGAACCGGACAUCAAGUGGGCUGUUGAAAAGGUUUUCCACGAAGAUAUCCUCGAGCCCAACCCUCACGACGACGAGCGCACGGACCGGCUUCUCUUUGUGAUCUCGUCCUUCACCGAGCGACAAAACAAGGCAUUUCUGAGUAUCCUGUCCCGCCAGGCACAAUCGGCAAUCAACAUGGGUCUGUUUCUGGAUCAGUGCGACAAGUACAAUGGCGGCGUGAUGGACUCGGACCAAGACGGGACCAAGAAAACCCUCUUUGCAAUCGUGGAUUUCCUCGCACAGAAGAUGAUGGAUCCAAAGAAAAAUGCAGCGCAUCUGCAGGCAUUUGCCGAUGCCAACGAUCGCACAGUCUAUGGGUGGAUGCGGGCCGUCAUGGAUCCGCAGACCGAGUACAAGGCUGUCAUGAAGCACUGUAGGGAAAUAUCCAAGCGUCUGCCCGCAGGCUCACUUGAAACGUUUGCGCCCAUAUUGCGGCGCAUUGCUCUGUGGCUCAUUGGGAAGAACAUCAUUCCGCGACUCAUCGAGCGAUCGAGCACCGGUAAGCUCAGCCAAGACCAAGACGAUAUCAAGAUGGGCCAGGCGGCCGAAGCUCUGCUGAAGACCAUCGUUGAUAUCUUCCCGGCGGUGUACAAGAACCACAUCGACAAAGUUACUCAGUUACUGCAGAGCGACAAUGAAGAUCUUGCGUCCGAUGCCGUUGUGGCCCUUGCCAAGUUUGUGAGAGCAUUCCCAAAGGAAGCGUCGCAGGAAAACGAUUCGAUCAAGAAAAUGAUCCGAUACGCGCUUGAAGGCUCGCUCCUUCAGGCAAAAAAUGCCACCGUGGUGCUCGCUCAAACCGAGCAACGCAAGCAGUAUAUUUCAGAGAUUCUCGAGACGAUCGUGGCUUCGCUCUCGUUUGAGAAUCCAAAUCUCGUGGGGCAUCUGGGUGUGCUGACCAAGAUCGCACGCCAUGCCUCGGACCUUUUGGAACCCUACCAAGUCAAUUUGGUAAACUUUGUGUUCAAGGACAUAAUCAUGAAGAGCAACAUCAAGACGUCUCCGGACGAUGCUGACAACUGGAUCGAGUUCAGCGAGAUUUCCAAAGAGGGCCAAGCCAAGGUACUAUCGGUCAAGUUUUUGGUAAACCGGCUGCUGUCCCCUCAAAAGUCCAAGUUUCAGACCGAGCUGGCGCCUCAGGUCUUGAAGCUGCUCAAGAAGAUCCUCGACCUCAACGGGGAGCUGCAUCCGAACGAGCCCACUGCCUUGAUUGUGCAGGGCCAUCUUCGACUUGUGGCAGCCAAGUCGCUUCUGAAGCUCUCUCGCCAUUCCGGAUAUCUGAAGAUGAUGUCGUACCAAUAUGAGGAGUCUAUUGGGAUGACCAUUCAGGAUCCCUACUAUCAAGUGCGCAAGAAUUUCAUCGAGAAGCUCGGAAAAUACGCAUCCUAUCAGCUUGUGCCGCUCCAGUAUCUAGUAUUCUUCAUGCUUGCUGCUCAUGACCCAGAGGUGGAGCUACGCAACAAGGCUAAGGGCAUAUUUUCGAGAAAGGCCAAGCAACAACGAUCUGAAUCCAAUGGCGUUCCAGUCGAAAGCACCCUCACCCGGUUCCUGUAUCUCAUUAGUCAUUUGUAUGACUUUUCUGAGAUAAACGACGAUCUCCAGCUGACAUCCAAGUACAUUGAGUUUUUCCUGGACUCAGUCGCAAGCAUCGACAAUGUGUCAUAUUUGUUUCAUCUGGCGUCGCAGCUCAAGACGGUUCGGGACAUCCAUGCAUCAUCCUCGCAGAACCUCUACAUCGUCAGCGAGCUUGCCCAGCGGCUCAUCUUGGAGACGUGCCACAGUCGAAACUGGACUCUGCCGUCAUAUCCGCCAAAGGACGAUGUCGACAGCACCCUGUUCCAGCCGCUCAGCCCGAAGGAAGCCACAGACAACCUCAAGAAGACCUACCUUCCGAAGACAUUCCUGGAUCUCCGUCAGCCGGUCGGAGUCGUCGGGGCACCCAACCCUCUGCGUGUCGCACCGCCAACGACGCCGCGAUCGAAGCGUGAAGGCAACGGCCCGGCCCGAACACCUGUCCGAUCCUCAGCCAGCAAGCGACCCCGGAAGUCACAGAGGUCGGGGGCUGAGAGCGGCGACGAAGGGGACAUUGACCGACAGAGCGACGAAGAGCCCGUGGCGAACAAUUCGCAAAGCACCAAAACGGUGCGUCGCUACAGCCGCAAAAGCGUCCCCACAACACCCCAAACACCAUCUCGCAUUAUGGCCCCACGCGUGGCCAAGGCUAACGCCAAGCCGAUCCAAGAUCUCUCGUCUUCCGAAGACGAAGAUGUUGAGGCGGAUUUGAUUGCCUACAAGUCCCCAUCACGACCGACCGGCCCUUCCAAGCCAUUCUCCCCCAGAAAGCGUAUGGACGUUGUGGAUACCGACGAAUCGGACUCGCAGGAUGUUACCAGCUCAGAGCCCGGCGGACAGGAGCCAAGCUCAUCAGAGUCCGCUGCUGCUACUCGACGAGCCCGGUCUGGCCGCCAUAUCCAAACAACGCUCAAGUUUGAGAGGGUAGAGCGCCUGGAUCGUCGCGAAUUGCAGGAAAACGACUUGCUGGACGUAAACCAAGUUGAACCUCCGGCAAAACGGGCCCGUCGCAAGGCGUCGUCGCAGAAGUGACCCUCGCGGACACAGCAACAUGUGCGAGUAACGAACUGGAUAUCGAAAUCAUACGCUUGAUACAACUUGAACAUGCACGAGGUGAUGCCGUCUGCGCACGAAAUUGAAACGGUGCAGCCAAAUAUUCCAAAGAAUGCAGUUGCAGGACACCCCAAAACGAAACGGAACAUCUUCCUUUGAGCCAGACCGGGUGUCGCCUCCCUGGGUCCUGAAUACACAUUCAUUUGGCAAUGUA